AGCCAACGAGUAUAUAAACCAUUUCAGGCUGAAAGGGCACCAGUCCACGUCGCACUUCAGGCAAGAACGUGCUGCCUGAUGUCGCAAAGUUUACUCCGAAGUACAACGAUGCGUUGUGUAGCGGCGCUGUGUUUGUCCGUCCUUGCGACACUUGCCGUCGCUGCCGCCGAGACGCACGACCCGCUGCCCCAGCAGACUGACAACGAUAUGCAACUAACAGAAGAAGAAAAGCGAGCAUGGACAAGUUUACAAGGGGGGUGGGGUAAGCGAGCAUGGCAGGACUUGAAUUCUGCCUGGGGUAAACGGGCCUGGCAAGACCUCAAUACCGCUUGGGGCAAAAGGGGUUGGCAAGAUCUAAACUCUGCCUGGGGGAAAAGGGGAUGGCAGGAUCUAAAUUCAGCGUGGGGUAAGAGAGGGUGGCAAGACCUAAAUGGAGCGUGGGGCAAGCGGGCAUGGACGGAUAUGUCGCAACACCCAUGGGGAAAGCGUUCAUGGCAAGACCUUAACACUGCUUGGGGAAAGCGCGGCUGGCAAGACAUGAGCUCAGCGUGGGGUAAACGAGGCUGGCAAGACAUGAGCUCUGCGUGGGGCAAACGGACACCUGACAACUGGGCCAACUUGCACGCGGCGUGGGGCAAGCGAUCGUCGGAGCCCGACUACGAAGACUACGAACUCAUUUCUGAUCGCGGCCUACCCUUACAGCAGCUACAACCGUUGGAAGCCGAACAACGAGGACUCUCGGAGGCGCCGGAGAAACGAGCGUGGUCUUCUCUCCACGGGGCAUGGGGCAAACGACCCGUCAAGCAGGCGCACUAUAACAACGGAGCAUAUUACUGGAAGCGCGAGCCGGGCUGGACGAACCUGAGGGGCAUGUGGGGCAAACGAUCGAUGUCCCCCUCGCACGAGGACCAUGAGAACGUGACAGAAGACGAGGCCUAGACACUGGAACACUAUGUAUUAUACGAAAAACCACCUUUUCUUUAUUCCUUAAUUAUUUAUUAUUUACUUUAGUUUACCUUAUGUUAGCAGUAUCAGUUCCUGCUAAUUAAUUAUUUAACUUAAACUACAACACAAAAGUAAACUAUGUAUACCUUUUCGUAAGAUGUUAAAGAUGAUUUAUUUGAUACUGAGAAUUACUUUUACUAGAUUCGUACAAGUGUCACCUUCUAGUUAAGAAACAAUUAAUGGAGAUUAUAUUAUGUUUAGCUGUAAGUUCGGGCUGGUGUAACAUAUGUUAGUUAAACAUAAAUAAAAAAUUGUAAUUAAUUAUUGUAUUUUAUUAGUAAUGUUGAUGUAUUAAAGGGCUUCACGACUUGUCCAAUAAACAUUUAU